AUCUAUGUCAUGGGAGCUUGUGCCUUUGGCAUGGCCUUCUACAUGUCUGGAAUUGCCGUUUCCCUAUACAAGUCUCGAGAUGUGCAUGGCGACCAUUCACCCUCUGCCCAACGCGACGUCGCUGGUGUCUACGACACAACAGCAGGGGGGUUUGAUGCGGAGGUCAACUUCUCCGAGAAGGUCGGAGGUGUCAUAAAGGCACGGAAAGAGAUGUCUGCAAUGGUCAAGGGAAAUGUGCUGGAGGUCAGCUGUGGCACCGCAAGAAAUCUGGGCUACUACAGUUUCGACAAGAUCAAGAGCUUGACCCUGAUUGACCUGAGUUCUCAGAUGGUAGAAGAGGCACGCAAGAAAUGGGACAUUCUCAACCCUGGCAAGGCUGCUGAGAAUGUGCCCAUCAGGUUCCUGCAAGGCGACUGCAUCGGAGACAUGCCCGAACCACCAACAGGAACACAGAAAGAUGCAAAGACUGGCACAACCUUCACACCAGGAUUGAAUAAGGGAUACGACACAAUCGUGCAAACAAUGGGCCUUUGCAGCACAGCACAACCCGUCGAGCUGCUCAAGAACCUGUCGAAACACCUGGAUCACUCAAACCCGGAUGCCAGGAUCUUGCUUCUUGAACACGGUCGCAGUUACAUUGGAUGGAUGAACAAACUUUUGGAUAUGACAGCGCCUCAGCACGCUGACAAACACGGUUGCUGGUGGAACAGAGACAUCGGUCAACUCAUCGAAGACAGCGGCCUCGAAGUCGUCAGAGAACGCAGAAAGCAGUUUGGAACCGUCUGGAUUUUUGAGCUGAAACCGAAAACGGUGACACAAAGC